GCCGGGCCGGGCCGGCUCUGCCGCCGCCUCCCGGCGCCGGGCGGGCAGCGAAGGAGUCUUCUGCUCCAGAGGAACACUUGGCAGGUCCAGCCCAGCUGCGAGCUUUCUUUCUGCACACGGAGCACGAGCGGCGCCAGCCCAAGACGGUCCCGCAAGCCGACAUGAAGGUGGAAAUCCUGCCAGCCCUCACCGACAACUACAUGUACCUCCUCAUCGAUGAGGAAAGCAAGGAGGCUGCCAUCGUCGACCCUGUGAACCCCCAGAAGGUUCUGGAUGCAGUGAAGAAGCACGGCGUGAAGCUGACCACUGUCCUGACCACCCACCACCACUGGGACCAUGCUGGAGGAAAUGAGAAGCUUGUGAAGAUGGAGACGGGGCUGCACGUGUACGGGGGAGACAACAGAGUGGGAGCUCUGACACAGAAAGUGUCCCACCUGACAGCACUCAAGGUGGGAUCUCUUAAUGUGAAAUGCCUCAGUACGCCGUGUCACACUUCUGGACACAUCUGUUAUUAUGUGACUAAGCCAAAUAGCUCCGAGCCACCUGCAGUUUUUACAGGUGACACCCUGUUCGUGGCUGGCUGUGGGAAGUUCUUCGAGGGAACCCCGGAGGAGAUGUACAAGGCACUGAUCGAGAUUCUGGGCAGCUUGGACCCCAGAACGAGGGUUUACUGUGGGCACGAAUACACCAUCAACAACCUCAAGUUUGCUCGGCACGUUGAACCCAACAAUGCCAAUAUCCACGAGAAGCUGGCGUGGGCCAAGGCACAGUACGACAGUGGAGAGCCCACCAUCCCCUCCACCCUCGCAGAGGAGUUCACCUACAACCCCUUCAUGAGAGUGAGGGAGAAGACAGUCCAGCAGCACGCGGGGGAGACCGACCCCAUCCGCACCAUGGGGGCCAUCAGGAAGGAGAAGGACAAUUUCCGAGUGCCGCGGGACUGAGCACCGCCCGCCGACCCCGCCAGCGCUUCGACCCUUCACCUGCCCUAGGAGUCAAACCUUCUGUUGUGAUUGAGACAGUCCUGUCUAGGUUUUUAUUUUGUUUUAAUUGAGGAGGAGAAAAGCACUUUGCCCCCUUGUUGAGAUGUUCUAUGGCAUAUUUAUAUUAUGGUGAAGAAUAUUUAUGGCUCUCUUUGCUGUCUCUCGAGCUGUCACCUGCAGAUCGUUGCACCAGUGGUGGUGGUGUGAGGCUCUGAGGUUGGGCUGGCAAGGAUCAAACCUGGAGGUUUAGGAAGAAGCUCCUGUUAGUUUUGGAGGAGCCUGAUGUGGAUGCAGACAGUGGGACUGGGGCUGAGGUGCCUUUGUGUAAAGCAGAGACCAAACACAGUAGUUGAGGAGUUGAGUGUUUCUUCCACGCUGCUGCUGCUGCUGCUGCAACGUCCUGAGUGUCGCUUCUGGCCCCACUAAAACCAGUUCCCAGUGACAGACCUGCUGUGCCACAUCAGGGUGGCACACUUCUGUUUCUUGCUGUCCAUAGGGCUAAAAGCCAUCCCUGCCCACAGGCAGGGUGUUAGAACUGGGUCAUCUUUAUGAUCCUUUCCACCCUAAACCAUUCCAGGGUCGUAUGACUAGAGCUGUGUGACCCCAGCUUGGAAACUGCAGGGAGGGAGCUCCCCUUGGGCUGCUUUUCCAGCAGGGAAUAGUGUGUCCAAGUGGAUGAAUGGGGUGAAUUUUGGAGGGAAAUAAAUGCAGGUUUAUGGUGAUUGGGUCUUCCCCUCCUGCAUUCCCGUCCUCCAGCUUGGGGUCUUUAAAUAAGAGAUGUGAGUGACAGGGUGGGACCAGCCCCAUGUGGCAUUGGCAUCUUUUAUCCAUCUUCCUCCUCAUUUUCUUUUCUUCCUGGUUCCUUGGUCUCCUCUGUACCACAGACCUACUCCAGGACCAGAGAUUGUUUCAAACAAAUGUUUUGCAGAUGAAACUUUGAAAAGAUUCAGAUGAUUUUGGUGUCUGUUUCUCCCCCUCUCCCUGGCACACGUUGGUAGGUGAUGCCACGCUGGAGCCUGGAACCACCUGGGUGUCACCUGUGUCCCUGUGCCUGCUGUUCCAACACCUCCUGCAUGGCAUUGUAUGAGCACCAGGUCUUUAUUUGCUUUAAAAUGCUAAAUUUUAUGUAAAUUCAGAAUGAAAAGUGGUACUUGAAGCUUUGCUGCCUCCCGAACUGGAAUGUUGUGCUGCUACACUGGAGUGGCUGUGACAGAGGAGAAAUAAAUAACGGCUGGAAAUGGA